UGAUUAGCUCAAUUAAAAUGUCUAUCCGAAGGUGGUGAUUUUACACUAUACCAGACUUCUGUUCAAAGGAACGACUUUGGCAACUACGCAAUAAGUAUAACCAACUCUUCUCCAAAAUUCCUCUUUUACUUUCUUCAAUCUUCAUCAUCUACCACUUUAAUUACCAACAACAACAAUUUAAGGUUCGAAAGAAACGUUUCAUCUUCUGCAACAUCGAAAAAAAACUCGAGCUUGCAAAAACUGUUAACAAUGGCGUAUGUUGAUCAUGCUUUCUCCAUUACCGAUGAAGAUAUUAUGAUGGAUAACUCUUAUGCAAUCAACAAUAAACCCCCUAUUAAAGAGAUCGCUCUCGCAGUCUCUCUACUCGUUUUCGGUGUUGUCGGCAUCGUUCUUGGGAUUUUCAUGGCUGUUAAUCAUAUCGGUGGUGAUCGAGCUCAUGGGCUAUUCUUUGCAAUAUUAGGGGCGAUCUUGUUCUUACCGGGUUUCUAUUACACAAGGAUUGCUUACUACGCGUACAAGGGCUACAAGGGUUUUUCUUUCUCUAACAUUCCUCCUGUUUAGAGGAUCCUUGACACUCCAACGUUGGUAUUGACACUUUUCUGGGACUCUGGAUCAGAAGCAUGGGGAAUGUUAUAAGUAGCUGAGUUUGACGGUGCACAUAUUCACAUCUGAGUUGAGUUUCCGAGUCCAAAUAACAUAGGUCAGCAUCGAUUGGCCCUGGGAAUAUACAGUGUACUCUGAGCAAUUUUCUUCAAAAGCUGGACUGUCCUUGGAAAUUUGCUUUUGUGUUUCCUGCAUUCACCAUUAGGCUAAUCAUAUUUAGUUAUUUACUUUCUUUGUUGUAAAUGCUCCCCAUUUGUAUCAUAAAACAUAUUCUUCCUUUAUCUCAUUACAUUUGGAUUUCUCAAAAGCCUGGUAAAGUGGCUGGUAGACUUCUGGUCACAGUCGAGGACUUUGUUAAUUGCAGUGUUAGCUUUGUUGUCUUAUUGAACAUGGAAAUGCCACACUACCACUAAUCUUCUAUACAGCAUAUAUGGGUUUGCAUGUGAAGUUCUUUGCUGCAAGUUUUAGGCUUUUAGCUUUUUUAUAAUAGGCAUGUAGAUAAAUGAAGUUUUGGAUGACCUUGAGCUUCUCAUGGGAAUUCUAUGCCUUGGAAACAAAUGCUAGUGUAGGAGACUUCUUGGGAAUGAUAUAUAAUGAUGUAAAGUGUGAUAAUCAAUUAAUCAGUAGGCUAUUUCUUCUCA